AUGCAGGCUAUUGUCGCCCUGGCCUUGGAAGCAUACAUUUUCGCCAAGUUCCAGACGUCCCUCGAGCCGGGCGCCGAGGUCUUGCCCCAGUCGCGCACCAUCCCCACCUACCUCGCCGUCUUCAUGUUCGGCUACCUCUACCAGAUGGUCCUCGUCUACGACGGCCUGCGCCUCAAGAACACGAUUCAAGUCAUCGGUCUCUGCAUAUACAAUGUCGGCAUUCUCGUCUACGCCGCCAUCCAGAUGGACCAGAUCAAGGAAGCAGUCGGCGCCCUCAAGGAGACGCGCCUCAUCGACCCGUCGUUUAUGCGCGACACGAAGCCAUUCCUGAUCGUGGAGCCUUGUCUGAUGGCCUUUGGAACCCUGCUCAUGUCCUUUGAGGCCUGGAAGCUGUACGAUGAGUUUGCAUGGACCAUCUACAAGCACAUCAGCGCCGACCUGCGGCUGAAGCGGAGAUAUCUGACGUAUCAGAUCUACAUCGCCCUGUUGAAGUUUGAUUUCUUCUUCUUCCUUGGUUUCACCGUCCAGUUCCUCGUCGUCGUCAACAACACCAACGACGCCGAAUUCUACCUGACGAUCGCCGCGGUGCCCAUCACCAUCCUGCUCCUCGUCCUGGCAGCCUACUGGACGCGCAAAGAAAGCGUUAUCGGCAUGGUGGCCAUUAUCGCAACCCGAGGUGCAAUUUCCGAAGAGCCCCAAGCUGACAUUGGCCGGCAGAUCAUCUAUUUCGCCGCGCUCGCGUACUUCCUGUUCAAGCUGAUCCGUAUGUACGGCUCUGACCCGACUCGCGUCAACGACUACAAGCCCGCGCGACGCUCGCUCACGACCUUCGCCGUCAUCACCAUCUUGCUGCUGCUCGUAACCAUCAUUGUCGCCUGCCAGUGCACGCACAACUUCAACAAGGGCCUCAAGCCGCAUAUUGCCCGUCGCAAGGUCCCGGACAUUGACGAGGGCAAGUACACGACCGAAAUGCCGGCCAUUGCGGGCCCGGGCCAUACCAGGAUGACCAUCGACUAG